AUAAAAGACCUUCAACGGCGAUUGUUCGCUACUGUUUUGUCUUGUGAGGCGGAAGAGUUUGAAGAUGUCGGGCCGAGGUAAAACUGGAGGCAAGGCACGAGCAAAGGCGAAAUCCCGCUCUUCCAGAGCCGGGUUGCAGUUUCCUGUGGGUCGAGUUCAUCGGCUUCUGCGUAAGGGCAAUUACGCCGAGCGGAUUGGAGGAGGGGCACCGGUAUAUUUGGCUGCGGUGCUGGAGUACUUGAGCGCUGAGAUUCUGGAGCUCGCUGGUAAUGCCGCGAGGGACAACAAGAAAAGUCGGAUCAUCCCGCGACACUUGCAGUUGGCGGUGCGCAACGAUGAAGAAUUAAACAAGUUGCUGGGGGGAGUCACGAUUGCUCAGGGUGGCGUCUUGCCGAAUAUCCAUGCGGUUUUAUUGCCGAAAAAAACCGAAAUUCUACAUAGCGCUAGUAGCAGCAAGCCCACCACUAGCGUGAGCAAGUCUACGAAGGUGCCCAAAGUCGCUGUCAAACCGACGACCGCUCCUGUUUCUGUUCAGUGA